ACCAUUUGAGAUAAUUGCGCGCAACAAUUAGAGAUAUUUGCACCAACGACGUCGUAAAUGUACUACUGCUGUAUCUACGUGAGGAGUUUGUUUGCAGGUUUUCUGUUUUAAAUUAGAGCUUUUCUCUUAGCUAGACGUUCGAUUCGACCUUCAUGUAUUGAUCAGCGAACUAGUCAUGUUUUCUCGGAUCGGAAGCUCUGUUUGUCGAUCAUCUCGUGCCUCAUUGAAUAAAGGUGCUGCUUCGGGCAGUUAUGGUGUGCGGUCGGCGACUCUCACUGAAUUUUCUUCGGGGAAGGCGUUCACGUCGUGUGAAAAUGGCGAGUUAGGGUUUUUGAGGAGCUAUUUGACUUGCAUUGGAGCGGGAAAACAGGCUGCGAAGAGUCAUGUGUUGAAGGAACUCAACUCGGUUUUCACAAACCCCAGGCUUCGGAGACUGUUUUGCAACCAAGCGCCGAAGAAAGGCAGGUAUGAAAACUAUUAUCCAAAGAACAAGACCAGAACUCCAAAAGGUAGCAAUCAGAAGUCUGAAGCCAAAGAUGCAGAGGACUCAGGCUCAGGUGAACAGUGGAAUAAUCCGGAUAUGGCAAAGCAACUUCAAAAUUUUGUUACACCCUUGUUGUUGAUUGGCUUUGUGCUUACAUCAAUGUUUAUGCGUCCUCAUGACCAGAAGCAGAUAAGCUUCCAAGAAUUCAAGAACAGGCUACUUGAACCUGGUCUUGUGGAUCACAUUGUAAUUUCAAACAAAUCAGUAGCAAAAGUAUAUGUAAGGAGUUCUUCACCUAAUAACACUCAAACAAAAGCUGACACCAGGCCAAGUUCUGCUGGGAGCAUCAAUAAUCAAAGAAACUUGAGCCGUUAUAAAUUCUAUUUUAACAUUGGAAGUAUUGAAACAUUCGAAGAGAAGCUGGAGGAAGCCCAGGAAACAUUAGGAAUUGACCCUCAUGAUUAUGUUCCAGUCACUUAUGUUUCUGAGAUGAAUUGGUUCCAAGAAUUCUUGAAGUUCGGCCCAACAUUAUUGCUUUUGGGAACUAUUAUGUACAUGGGACGGAGAAGUGGACUUGGUAUAGGAGGUCCUGGUGGGAAAGGUGGCCGUGGAAUUUUCAGCAUUGGAAAAGCGCAGAUCACGAAAUUGGAUAAGAACUCCAAGAAUAAGGUUUACUUUAAAGAUGUAGCUGGUUGUGAUGAGGCAAAACAAGAAAUCAUGGAGUUUGUGCACUUUCUAAAGAAUCCAAAAAAGUAUGAGUUGUUGGGGGCAAAAAUUCCAAAAGGUGCUCUUCUUGUUGGCCCUCCUGGGACAGGAAAGACACUUCUCGCUAAAGCAACUGCCGGAGAAUCUGGUGUACCCUUUCUCUCCAUAUCCGGGUCAGAUUUCAUGGAAAUGUUUGUUGGAGUUGGACCAUCCAGGGUCCGCAACUUAUUUCAAGAGGCAAGGCAAUGUUCACCAAGUAUUAUAUUCAUCGAUGAAAUAGAUGCAAUAGGUAGAGCAAGAGGUCGUGGGGCAUUUAGUGGAGGUCAUGAUGAGCGUGAAAGUACAUUAAAUCAGUUGCUUGUAGAAAUGGAUGGGUUUGGGACCACCUCUGGCGUUGUUGUGCUUGCUGGGACAAAUCGGCCUGAUAUAUUGGACAAAGCUUUGUUAAGGCCUGGACGGUUUGAUCGUCAAAUCACCAUUGAUAAGCCUGACAUAAAAGGCCGUCAUCAGAUAUUCAAUAUCUAUCUGAAGAAGUUGAAACUUGAUAAAGAGCCAUCAUAUUAUUCCCAGAGGCUUGCUGCUCUGACUCCUGGAUUUGCUGGAGCUGACAUUGCUAACGUCUGUAAUGAAGCUGCUUUAGUUGCUGCAAGGACCGAGAGUACAUUAAUUACAUUGAAACAUUUUGAGGCAGCUAUUGAUCGUGUUAUUGGGGGUCUUGAAAAGAAAAACAAGGUUGUUAGCAAGGUGGAGCGCCGAACUGUUGCUUAUCAUGAAGCUGGCCAUGCUGUUGCUGGAUGGUUUCUGGAACAUGCUGAACCAUUGCUUAAAGUUACAAUUGUUCCUCGUGGUACUGCAGCCCUUGGUUUUGCCCAAUAUGUCCCAAGUGAAAAUCUUUUGAUGACCAAAGAGCAACUUUUUGACAUGAUAUGUAUGACCCUUGGUGGCCGGGCAGCAGAGCAGGUUUUGCUUGGGAAGAUCUCGACAGGAGCCCAAAAUGAUCUAGAGAAGGUCACCAAGUUGACCUAUGACCAAGUUGCUGUAUAUGGUUUCAGUGAAAAAGUAGGUCUUCUUUCCUUCCCUCAGAGGGAACAGGGCUUUGAGAUGAGCAAGCCCUACAGCAGCAAGACUGCUGCAAUCAUAGACAAUGAAGUAAGAGAAUGGACUGGGAAAGCAUACACCCGCACAGUUCAACUGAUAGAGGAACAUAAAGAGCAUGUUGCUCAGAUUGCUGAAUUGUUGCUAGAGAAGGAGGUCUUGCAUCAGGAAGACUUGGUUCGCGUUCUAGGUGAGCGUCCUUUUAAGAGUAGUGAGCCGACAAAUUAUGAUAGGUUCAAACAAGGAUUUGUGGAAAAUAAAGAAGAGACUACAAGUAUUCCUAAAGGUAACAACUCAGAGGAUGAUAGGUCAUCAUCAUUGGAGCCACAUGUUGUUCCAACAUAAUCAAUGGCCAGUAAGUUAUUUGUAUAUGAGUACAUUACCAAUUUGCUGUGUUUGAACCAUAAAAGAAAAUA